AAGCCCCCGCCUUUCAAUACCUCACUCGUCAUCCAGUAUGUACAGCCAUUGUUCGUAUAAAAUCAAGUGCACAUCACGUUAAUCUGUCGCGUUGACUCAUACCAAGGGGUGCAAUAUCGGGGUAACUUGAUAAAACUCCAAGCAACGAUAAACUCCCUUGGCAGACUGUCGUUUAUUUUUAGAUAUAUUCUUGGAAAGCCCAGGGCUUAUUUUCUAAACUUCGGCCUUGGCAUACUUAUUUUGUGGAAUAAUGGAGUUUAAGUGUGAAAAUAAAUAGAUAUGUCAGCAUUGAUUUCCAGCACAGAAGUGAACGAUGCAAUUAAUGCGAAGCCAGCUGAAGUUGGUGCCAACGACGCACCAGAAGACGAAAGUCCAGAACCCGAAACUACAGCUUCGCCAGGACCUGCAACUCCUGAAGCUAACAGUGAUUCAUUACCUAAUGAUUAUGUUGUCGUGGAUGAAGUGCCUGAUGUAGAGUCCGAGGAGAUACAGAAUUUGCAAAGACAAACAUCGGGUUUUGCAGGUUAUUUGGAAUAUAUACCCAGUAUGCCUACCAUACAGUUGUCUAGCUACCUACCGGGAUGGCUAUAUCCUGCUACUGAAACUGACAGUGGUACAAGUGCAAACACAGAGUUAAAUGAGAGCAACAAGAAUUUUGAGAUAUGGCUAAAUGAAACAAUAAGAGGCGAUUAUACUGGAUCUAUUGAAGAAGAACAACGGUUCAGGGCCUGUUUGAUUACAGCUAUUUCCGAACACUUCAUUAGGAUGCAACACAUCGAUGAUGGAUUUCUUACAGAAAACUGUUCUGUCACUAACGAGGAAAUGUGUUAUGCACGUGCCAGUAAAUCACAGUGCGCGAGGAGACUUCUUUUAAUGUUGUUACACAGAGACACCAGGACAAUACUGUUCUUUUUGUUCGAGUUGUCCAGUCUCGCUAAGGACACUGUGGAGAAUAUAGUACGCUCCCUCCACCAACAUUUGGAAUCAAGCUUCGCGAAACAAGCUCAAUGCCUUCGUUGUAUUCUUCAAGAAAGAGUAAGUAUAUGCCUGAUCUCAGAUCACCUUCCAAGGUGUGACAGUGGAUUGUUGACAUUUGUCAACACUGUGAGCGAGAAAGACCAACCUGCUAUACCCAGUGUAUCCGGGAGACUUUGGAAUAUUUUGUUCGACACAGUAACUAAUGAAGUUCUGUAUUGGAAAGUUAUUAGAAUGAUCAAAGAAGCUAUCGAGUCGUGCGGUUAUCAAACAGAUAUUGUUAGAAUGUUAAACGGAGAUAUUGAUACGGGCAGAAAUAGCUUUAUUUGUAGAUGUGAUGAUAUGCGAAGAGGUCAGAAUGGCGAUAUACAUGAAUCACAAGAGAAACGGGAACCAUUAUCAAUGUCUCGUGGAGCAGAAGGAAAUAGCAAUCCAGUUGAUGAAUCAGAUAUUGCUGAAGCAGAGAAUAAUCAAAUAGUUGCGAAUACUAAAGUUGAAACAGACCCCGGCCACCAAUCAGCCAGCGGGUUUAGAUAUGAAAAUACUAAUACUCGAGUGGUUGUAUAUCCACAAAACAACGGUGCCUCCGGAUAUGCUGAAGAUAUGAAGGGGCCGAAAGGAAAUGUAGAUAAAGGUAAAACUCCGAUGCAACAUCCUGCUAGUAAAAGAAAACAAGAUCAGAGCAGAAGCAAUGGGGAUGAAAUUUUGAAAAGGAAACCCCCUAAUGGUUCAGAUCAGAAAUCGACAAGAAAACGAAAAGAAGAGUCGAGUGAAAAUGAAACUAAGGAGAAAAGAAGACGGGGCGAUGGUGGAGAAAACAGCGGGACUUCUAGGACCGUAAACUGCGACUUACAAAUGGAGAUGUUGAAGAUAGUUGGACAAGAAAAUCAGCCUGACAGUGGGUUAUCUUUGCCAAGUACAUCCAGUAACGGUGACAGUGGAGUGUACGAACAAUCAACAAUGUAUUCAGAAGGCGAAUGCGAUGAUGAAACCGUGCCAAAACAAAUUGCAGUUGAUCUCAGUUUAUCUGCUUUCCAUACUAGUAAUGACCAAGACACUGAAGGACAAGCUGUAGAAGAUACGUCCGGUAAUGAAUAUGCAAGUGAUAUUUCAGCUCCAAUGCAUCAAGAGUCAGUUUCAAACCUGUGCAAUAUGGAGGACAGGUUCGAGGAGAUGUCAGAUGCGUCUCAUGAACAAGAUAACUAAGUCGAACCAAACACUACAGAAGAAAUGUUAACGCUGACUACACCAUGUAACGAGAAAAAUAGAAGAGAAAAGAGAUGAUAUGUUGUUUCAUGAGGUUUACAUUUCACUAAGUAAUAAUCUCUAUUAUCACCUUUAGCAGAGAUAAAAAAAAUCUGAUUUUACCAGCCUUGUUCAAUAGUUAAAAGUGGAUUUGUGUUCAAACUCGUUCAUUUUAUACCUUGAACAUUCGCUUCCAUUUGUGUCACUGUAGAGACAAGGCCAGUUAAUGCAGGGAAAACUAUUUUUGAUUGUCAUUUGUGAAUGGACCAUGUUUUAUUUUAUACGACAUAUGUGUUUAAUAUAAAUCGUUUCUGAUAAUACUCACGCUAAUCAUUUGUUAGAAGAAGUAUACCCGGUAUUAUUUAUUUGAUUUAUCGUUUUGAUAGGAUGUAAUUAAAUUUUUGUACAUGUCGAUGUUUGAUCUCAUUUUGUUAAAAUCUUAUAUUGAAUACAUUUUGUAUGUGUAAUUAAUUUAUGUUUCUUUAAAUGUGAAAAUUAAUUUGUACUUAUGAUGACUGUUAAGCAAUAGGGCCGGCAGCAAAGUGUCAUUGUUAUUAUUAUCAUACAUUCUAUUUCUGCACAUGAUAGUCUUUCUUUACAUCAUUUUAAAUUUUCUUUGUAUGUAAAUUACUAAUUGUAUGCCUGAUAUAAUUAUAUUUACUUUGAACAGAUUACUAAGUCAUAUCAGAUUAUACUGAUGUUUACACAGCAAAUUUGUUUUAAACGAAGUUCACCUAUUUGUGAACUUUAAAUUUAGCGGUUUAGGUUAUACAAAUCCGAUUAAAGUUAUUUUUAACUUGGUCAGUCUGUUUAUAACUCAGUCUUAAAUCUAUUCAACUAGAGGUUAAAUAUAUACCUUUUCCUAAAAUAAUCAAUCGUUUCAAUGAAUUAGAUAUAUUACUUAUAUUAUUUAAAAUCUUGAAUUAUUUUGUAACAAGUUGCACCACAUCUGCUUUUAAUCAUGUCGCAUUUUUGCAGAGGGUUGAUGCAAAUAAUACUAGUUUCAAAAAUUUGCAUGAACCAUGCUAGAGUAGCCAGAGUAGCCAGGGUUAGGGUUAGGGUUGGUUUCUGGCUAGUCUGGCUGUUUGGUUGCUCUGGCUAAACUCCCACACAUGUGUAAACUCUUGUCAGUCAAGUAUAUUGAUCAGCUGGUAGCGGAGUUGGUCCCUGGGGUUAUCGGUUCUCAAUCAUUGAUUAAAGUGAGGAAAUUAAAACAAGAUAUCAUUAUAUCACUUGUUAGGUUUAUACUUGAUAUACUGUUGAAAAAGGCAUUUUCAUCCAAGUACAAGCCAACAAAAUAUAGUCUGCGACUGAAACCUUCUGUUUAAAUAGACCUAGGUAUGUUCACCACGGAAAUACUGCGGCGAAUUACACUUCUUUUCUGUCGCCUAUCUGUCAUUUUGAGUCUAAAACAGAAUGGUGGUUAUUGUAUCCUCUAUUGAAAAUUAAUACACAUCUUUAUAAACCUGAAAGGAGCUGACUGGUUUCUCGUUGGAACGGGUUGUGGUUACAAGUGUAACUCCUGUCUGUUUAUUUUCUAUGGCUAAAUGUGGCUUAUCAUCGUUUUUGAACAUAAUAUAGAAACAUGUUAUUCUUUUUAUUAGCCCACCUGAACCGGAGGAUCAGGAUGUUCUAACAGUAUAUAGGUGGAUGGGCCGGCGUCCAUCGUCAACAAUGUUCUGAAACUACGGGCCAGACUUACUCCAAACGUAGCCUGUACCAUCCUGAAAAUGUCCUUUCUCAAUUUCAAUUAAAUGGUUUUGCCUGACCUUUUCUAGGGCUGCUAGAGCAAAAGAAAGACAAAUAUUUAUACGACUUCUUCUCAUGAACCGCAUGACAGAACGUCAUCAAGCUAGGCCUGUCCUCUUCAAAAUUUAUUCAAAUAUGGGCACUCGGUCCAUUUUAGGGGCCGCUAGAGCUAAAAUCAGAAAUAUCUUUAAACGACUUCUUCUAAUACUUUACUUCUCAAAGACGCAUCACAACAUAGUCACCUAUUCCCCCGCUCACAAUCACAUAAACUUGAAGAAAAUCAUUCUCACAGUUGGAAAAAAAAUCAUAUUAUAACGCACUGCAGCUGCGGGCACCGUGAAUCCAAAUAAUACUUGCUGUGUAUAAUACUAUUGUAAAAUCAGUUCAAGAAUAAAUGAAUUCACUGCACUCUCACAGUUGAACAAUCAGUACAAAACUCAUAUAAUACCGUGCUGCGGCACCGAGAAUCCAAAAAUAACUUUCUGUGUAUCGUAAAAUUAAUUCAAGGACAACAGGAGGCUUUUUUCAGUCGAGUCUUGUUGUUUAGGUCAGGUGAAUGGGCAUAAAUGUAUGUGAAUUAUACUGGAUCUAUACAAACAAAACCAAAUUAAAAAAUGAUUAAAAAAAAAAGUAAAGUAAAAAAAAUAAAAAAAUAAAAAAAUAAAACGAAA